CCGGCUGGCGCUUGUCCUUGGCGUGAGCUACUGUGGCUGAGUAGGAAUUAGGUAGCCGAUGACCAUGGAAGAGGGUGACGGGUUGCGGCAGCGGAGGCCUAUACGGCCGCAGAUAAUCACCGACGAGACUGUGGUUCAGGAUACCGGGAGGAGUGGCUCAUACAGUGGGAAAAUCUUCCGUGCCACCUUCACUUGCCUGGCAUUGGCUCUGCUAAUCCCUUCGCUUGCUGCUGUGUGCUUACUGGAGUCUCCCAUAGAGCCACAAUAUUUAAGUUUCCAGAUACCUCCUCGCAUGACAGGUGCUCUUGAGGCAAAUCUUAAGUUAAGGCAAGCAGAACGUUUGUUGGAAGGCCAGCUAGUUGGGCCGGAAUCCAUUGCAAACAUUGGAGAUGUCCUUUUCACUGGCACAGCAGAUGGGCAGAUUCUGAAAAUUGAAGAUGGAAAAAUCCACACAAUAGCUAAACUUGGCAGACCUCCUUGUGGAACUCGGGAGAAUGAGCCUAACUGCGGAAGACCUCUGGGUCUCAGAGUUGGCCCUAAUGGGACCCUCUUCAUUGCAGAUGCUUACCAAGGAAUAUUUGAAGUCAAUCCUGUUACAGGUGCCGUAGAACAACUCCUGUCUUCCCAGAUACCAGUCCAAGGGAAGAAGAUGUCAUUUGUAAAUGAUCUUACUAUAACCAGUGAUGGUAGAAAGAUCUACUUCACAGACUCCAGCAGCAAGUGGCAGAGGCGAGAUUACCCAUACUUGGUUAUGGAAGGCACAGAUGAUGGACGAUUGCUAGAGUAUGACACCGUCACAAAAGAAGUGAAAGUUUUGAUGGGAGGAUUGAGGUUUCCCAAUGGAGUUCAGCUUUCGCCAGCAGAAGAUUUCUUGCUUGUUGCAGAGACCACAAUGGCCAGAAUAAGAAGGUAUUAUGUAUCUGGGCUUACAAAAGGUGGAGUAGACAUGUUUGUGGAAAACCUGCCUGGCUUUCCAGAUAACAUACGCCUUAGCAGCUCAGGAGGAUACUGGGUUGCCAUGUCUGCUGUAAGGCUUAAUCCGGGAUUCUCCAUGAUGGAUUUCUUAGCGGACAAACCAUGGAUAAAAAAAAUUAUAUUCAAGCUCUUCAGCCAUGAUACAGUAAUGAAGUUCGUUCCCAGGUACAGUCUGGUUGUAGAGCUCGGUGAGAAAGGUUCCUACAAAAGAAGCUUUCAUGAUCCCAAUGGAGAGGUUGUGACUUACAUCAGCGAGGCCCAUGAACAUGAUGGGUAUUUAUACAUGGGAUCCUUCCGAUCUCCUUUUAUUUGUAAACUGAAUCUUCAAGAAGUAUGAGCUUUCAAAGUUUAGCCAGUAAGCAAAUGAUGGAAGCAACUGUUGUGCCCCAGUGACCAGUUCUUUCCUGAUUAAUGGGUGCGUAUAGUACACACUUGUUCUGGAAUCCCAGUGAUUAUUAGAUUUGUGGAUCGUAUGUGAUAUUCUUAUGCUAAUCCUAUAGAUGGUUAAAGGUCAAGCAGGACUUUGUCUUGUCAAAUGUUGCUUACAACUCUGUCUUCAAAAGGGGAUUUAACUAUAUGUACUCAUUUAA